AUGAGGCCAGGCCACCCCUUUCUCCUGCUCCUUCUGCUUCUCUUUGGCCAGGCUGCAGGGGAGUCAGAGGAUUCAAGGGAUUUGGAAGCCCUGGUCCCCACCUCUAGCUCCAGUUCCUUCCUGGACUUCAGCUCCAACUUUGACUCCAGCCCUUUGGGCAGCAAAGCGCCCCUGUCCAAGCCAUUUUCCAAUUUCACGGGCUCCGUGGAUGGCGAUGGGACCUGCCAGUGCUCCCUUUCCCUGCCAGACACUACCUUUCCCGUGGACAGAGUGGAAACCUUGGAAUUCCAGGCUCAUGCUCUGUCCAAGAAGUUUGAAGAAGAGCUUUCUAAAGUGAAGGAAUAUGUCCAAUUACUUGGUGUGUUCGAGAAGAAAUUCUCAAACCUAACUGUCCGAAUCGAGAUCAUGGAGAAGGGUCUCUUUUCUUACACUGUCCUGGACUUUGAGCUGAUUAAGAUAGAAGUGAAGGAGAUGGGGGAACUGGUCAUUCAACUGAAGAAGAAUUUUGUUGGAAGCUCAGAUAUUGUUAACCAGCUGGAAGAGGAGAUAAGGAAUAUGACUCUCCUGGUAGAGAACCUCGAGACACUAGACAAAAACAAUGUCCUUGCCAUUCGCCGAGAGAUAGUGGCUCUGAAGAAGAAGCUGAAGGAGUGUGAGGACUCCAACCAUGAAAGCCCACCUGCCAACACCCUUCCGCCCCCUCUGGGGAGCUGUGGUAACGGAGGUGUGGUAAACAUCAGCAAACCGAAUGUGGUGCAGCUCAACUGGAGAGGAUUUUCUUAUAAGUAUGGUGCGUGGGGCCGGGAUUACUCUCCUGAACAUCCAGACAAUGGGCUGUAUUGGGUAGCGCCCCUGAAUACAGAUGGGAGAAUAUUGGAAUAUUACAGACUCUACAACACUCUGGAUGACUUGCUGUUGUACACAAAACCUCGAGAAAAUCGGAUCACUUAUGGCCAAGGUGGUGGUACGGCGGUUUACAACAAUAGCAUGUAUGUCAACUGGCAGAACACCCGUGACAUUGUCAAAAUCGACCUGACCACCAACAAGGUGGUGUUAACCAGAACUCUCCCCGAUGCUGCCUUUAAUAACCGUUUCUCAUAUGCUGAUGUUGCUUGGCAAGAUUUUGACUUUGCUGUGGAUGAGAAUGGGCUGUGGGUGAUUUAUGCAACCGAAGCCAGCUCUGGUAACAUGGUGAUUAGUAAACUCAAUGACACCACACUGGAGGUGAUAAACACUUGGCAUACCACGCAGUAUAAGCCAUCUGUUUCUAAUGCCUUCAUGGUAUGUGGGGUUCUGUAUGCCACCCGUAUUCUGAACACCAGAACAGAAGAGAUAUUUUACUACUAUGACACAAGCACAGGGAAAGAGGGCAAGCUAAACAUUAUAAUGCAUAAGAUGCAGGAAAAAGUGCAGAGCAUUAACUAUCACCCUUUUGACCAGAAACUUUUUGUCUAUAAUGAUGGUUACCUUCUGAACUAUGAUGUUAUCUUCCGGCAGCGACCUCAGUAAGCUGUUUAGGUGGUGGGCUGAAAGAGAGGUAAAAUGUUUGUUGAUAAAAAUAGUCUUGUCAAUGUAUUUAGGUAUCUGCAGGGAAAUCUAAAAGUGUUUGUUUCAUAGCAAUAUUCAGGUAUGGUGCGACCGUGCUAGAGACUGAGGAUGUUUGCGCUGAUUUGAUGAGUUCACAUGGGAGUCAUCUGCCUCUUGGGAUGCAUUUUCCACAUAAAAUAAGGUCUUUCCAGGGUGGAAUUAUCAGAGGUCUUAGGGAUACUGUGGGUUUAAAGAAGCCUACAGUAACGUGACAUCUGGAAAUUAAGGAAUUUAAAGAGAGCUAAGUAUAGCUUCUGAGCAUUCUUUGCACGGGAGAGAUUGAUUAACAACAGCUCUUCAGUUGCAAAGCCCUGCAACUUCUUCCAUGCUGGAAGGAAUCUAGGGUUUAAUUAGGCAGAUUAAUACCCGGAGUUCCUCGAGGGACCAAAUCUCCAACUUGUUUUUUCUCACCAGCCCCUGGAAUGAUGCUUUAUAUGUAGCACAUAAGUAAAUUUGGCAUGCUUACAUUAUGUCUGGAAAGUGCUCUGAGCUGUCAGGAGAAAGGCCCUUUUAUUCAUUAAGUUGUGCACUGCAGAUACAUCUCAGAAGGAUCUGCAGAUGAGGCAUCGGAUUUUUCUUUUCUUUCAUUUCCACCUUUGAAAGAGUCCACAGGACACUCUACCUUAUAACUUCAUUCCAAAGGUAGCUCGGAAGAUUAGAAUCAGACUUACCAACCAACUCCCCUUAACUCUCUUUCUAUUGUUUGUCUAAAAACAUAAUUAACUAGUUUUCUAUGGAACAGACAUAAAAAAAAUUCAUUUGCUCUUAUCUCACCAUGAAUUGCUAUGUAUGACUCUAAGACUCUAAGACAAAUCAGAUGGCAGUGAGAAAGUGAUACCAAGUUUCUGGAGAUGCAUUAAGGGCCUUGGCGCAUAUGUGAGACUUGUAUUAUGUCAUAUCAAUGGUUCUUCAUAAUUUUUGUCUUUGUUUAAGCCUAGAAAAGCCACCUACAUCUAGUAAGUCAGUGCAGUAGUUGAGAACCUCGCCGGGAUGUGCGCUUCUGGGCUUUUGUAUGGCUUUAUCAUCCCAAACUGAUCUAUGUUCCCUUGAUGUAAGUCCUAGUCUGUAAGAUUGGCUCCUGAACUGCUUUACUUCUCCCUUUUUAAUAAAU